AUGUCCUGGCUCACCAAAACCAUAUCCUCACUCGCCAAACGACCCUCAUCCGUCCUCCGACCUAUUACCCGACAAAGUCUUCCUCAACUGCAACACCAACAACGAACCUACCACCUCACCCAAUCUCGCCCCGUCCACCCCUCCUCCUCCCCCUCCGCCCAACAAUCAACAACUACAACCGUCCUGCACGAAGACCACCUCACGAACCCCAACUUCCCAACCCCGACAAGCACAGAAAAUGAGCAAACCCACAUCGACACCCUAAUCUCAUCUCUGACCCUCGUCCAAUCCCUCCGCAACAACCCCUCCUACAAAGAAUCCCGCCCCCACCACUCCAUGGAUCCAUCCCUCCGCUCAAUGCAUUUCGUCGCCGGUUCGCUAGCGGGGAAGAACAAGGUUACCGUUGCGCCGUUUAUGUGGAUGUCCAACCCUUCCUCUCGCUCUCCCUCUAAACCCUCUUCGCCUUCGGCGAGCACCGACAAAGAGGAACUAGCAGGAAGCCACCUCUACUCGAUCUUCCACAUAGGGGCGCACCUCUGCGGACACCCGGGGUACGUGCACGGCGGGUUGUUGUCGGUGAUGUUCGACGAGGCGUUUGCGCGGUGCGUGUCGACGUCGUUUCGCAGUGGGUCGGGAAUGACGGCGAAUCUGAAUGUGGAUUUCCGGAAGCCGGCGCUGCCGGGGAGGUUGUAUGUGCUUGAGGCAGGGACUGUAAGGGUUGAGGGGAGGAAGGCGUGGGUUGAGGGGCGAUUGGUUUGUUUGCCGGAAAUUGGGAACGGGGAGGAGGGGGAGGGGGUGAUGGUUGCGGAGGCGAGGGCUUUAUUUGUUGAGCCUAAGUUUGCGGAGUCGAUGAUUCCGUUGUAUAGAGGUUGA